AUGGAGAAACAGUUCUACGACACAGACGUCCACGUGGAGGUGCUGUCUGAACAGCUCAAUGGAGACUACUCACAUAUCACCAUGAGGUCAGAAACACUUUCUAAACAAAUCAACCUGCAUUAGAUUCAGAAACGUCAGCUUAGUAGCUCUGAAGUCAUAAUAACAUUGAUAAUCAUGGAUUGUAUCUAUGUAGAGCUUUUCAAAAAGUUUCAUUAGCUAGGUUUCCAUCCAGUUGGCGACAGAUUUUCUAAAAUAAAACAAUAUGCGAAUUUUCCAACCAGAUAUGUGUUUCCAUCAAAUUGAAGUUUUGUGGAUAAAAGUCUGUGCGUGAUAACAUGGUGCACAUAAAAAUAACUUUUGCACUUUAAAAAAAAUAAAUGUUAAAUGGGUUUCUAUCGCAUUUUCAACUGUACUGAUGUUUUGUCACCAAAAAUGUUGCGUUGUAUAGCGAAUGUGCCCACUAUGGUAUUGCAAGUGCGCCUUAGCCAACAGCUCGCAGAUACAGUCCGGGUAUAGCCUACAUUAUGAGAUUAUUAUGGACAACAUUUUUUAUCCGACAUGUACUUUAAUGUGAGUAAAAGGGUGUAUGGAAACCUGGUUAUAGUUGACAUGGUAUGUCAUGUGUAGAGUGCAUGAGGAAGUGAUUUUCUAAAUGGCCUGUGAUGUUUGUAUUUCCUUCCAGGUUUAAUUUCUUCCCCUUCAACAUUGCCUUCAGACAGGUAAACCAUCAGUCUUCUCCUCUUCCUCCCCUGAAGACCACUCUGAUAUCAUCUGGAUAUUCACUACCAUCAGCAUUGCCUCGUUGUAAAGGAACAAAUUACUUUGUUAGUAAUUUGAGUAACAAAGUAAUAUUCAUUAGCACACAAUUACUGUACAGUAUCAGCGUGCUAAAGCCACACUAAAAGCUAUCCAUGCUAAAAGCUAUCCAUGCUAAAAGCUAUCCAUGCUAAAAGCUAUCCAUGCUAAAAGCUAUCCAUGCUAAAAGCUACCAUAUUUCAUUGAUCUUCUCUGUGUGCUCUAUGUAGGACAUGGUGGUGCACAGCGUGGGCUCUGGCCUGGCCAGUCUUCCCUGACCUGGAUAGGAAGAAGAUCAACGAUGCCUUCUUGCUGGCGUGCCCCCUGGUGGAGUUAACCUAA